AUGGUCGGCAACACUGAUGCAAAACCGAUACCUGCUGAAAUAACACAAGAUGUCUCAAAAGACAAUGGUCAAGGUAUCAAUAUCACAAUCGACUCCCGCGCCGAAAGCACGUUGGUAUGGAAAUUUGACUUGCGCAUCCUGCCCGUGUUGGCUGUGAUGUACUUGUUCAACAGUCUGGACAAGUCAAAUCUUGGAAAUGCAAAGACGGCAGGGUUAGAAGAUACCCUAAAGUUGAAGGGCAACCAGUAUAACCUGAUACUUAGUAUCUUCUUCAUUCCAUAUGUCCUAACUUCUCCAUUCCUCGGUAUCCUGGGAAAGAAGUACGGUCCCAACAUUGUACUGCCAAGUAUGAUGUUCACCUUCGGCCUAUGUACCAUUCUGGUGGUUGCAGUUUUCAACUUCAGUGGUCUUCUGGCUAUAAGAUGGUUUCUGGGUAUGGCUGAAAGUGCAUUCUUCCCUUUGGUUAUCUACUAUCAAACAACGUAUGUAUGUCCCUCUUUGCUUUAUACAUGGUACCAUGGCAAUACUGACGGUAAUGUGGAUUUUACCGUCGUGGAGAGCUCGCCCGUCGUCUCGCCAUCUUCUAUGCGGCGCAAAGCAUCGCUUCUGCAUUUUCAGGUCUUCUUGCUUUUGGGGUAUUUCAAAUCAAAACAGGACCGCUCGCAGCAUGGCGAUACUUAUUCCUCAUUGAAGGAGGAGGUACAGUCCUCUGUGCAUUAUUCGCUUUAUGGUAUCUACCAAGAUCAGCCUCUGAAGCAAAAUUUCUCUCUCCCGAGGAAAAGGAGCUUGCAUAUCUCCGUCUACAACUUGACAGCUCCUCUGUUGUGA